AUGGACAUAAAUAUCAAUGUCACCACAACUGAUCAAAGCCCUAAUAGUAGUAAUAAUAAGAUGUAUAGAGGGGUGAGGAAGAGAAAAUGGGGAAAAUGGGUAUCUGAAAUUAGGCUUCCAAAUAGUAGGGAGAGAAUAUGGUUAGGAUCAUAUGACACACAAGAAAAAGCAGCUAGGGCAUUUGAUGCAGCCCUAUAUUGUCUACGUGGUCCUCAUGCAAGUUUCAAUUUCCCUAACACACCUCUUACCAUCAAUGUAGCUGUGAAUCAUGGUGUUGGUCAUCAAUCUCUUUCACCAGAAGAGAUUCAAGACGUUGCUGCUAAGUUUGCAAAUGAGUCACCACCAAUUGAGCUCACUCACGAAGAUGAUCAACAAGUACCUUCAGAAGCACAAAAUGAUACCAUUUCCAAUCAUUCUUAUUCAUGCCCACUUAAUGAUAAUGAUGGGAGGGUGCAAGUAGAUUAUGGAGACUUGAGGAGAAUGGAUUGGAAAUUUGAGGAUAUGUUUGAUGACUUGAAUGGGGUUGCUAAUUGCUCUAAUUUGUAUGGGCAAGAAAAUAUGCAAUACUCAACACAACUUGUUGAAGAGGAUAAUGUGGACCAAAUUGAAUGUGAAGAUACUUUUUCUGAUCAUUCAUUCCUUUGGAGUUGGAACUUUUGA